UUUCAUUUUCAGUUGUAGAAUGAGGAAGAUGGAAAUAUGAAGCUUUCAAGUCUUCCUCCGCAAAUGUCAGAUGGAGGGAACAGGGCUCCUCUUGACAUUCUCAUGAGAAAGGUCGUGACACUGAAAGCAGCAGACGUACAAACUGGAUGCCCUCCAGCACUGGGCUGACGUGCAAACAGCAUGUCUGCCCAGGAGCUUGUGCUGAAAAAACGGACAGAUAUACUUGAUGCACUGUGCAGCAGUGGGUCAGCUGAACAUCUGGAAAGGGUUCUGGAUGUACUGCUGGCACAGGGGGAGCUCACAUGGGAAGACUACCAGAAUGUACAGGUACCAGGACGGGCGCUGUACACCAAUGCCAGACAGCUGCUUGACCUGGUUUAUGCUAAAGGUGUGGACACCUGCGGAAUCUUCUUUGCUGCUCUCAAACAGGUCUUGCCUGAAGUGCAAGGAGCUGGCUUCUCCUCUUUGAGCAGCUGUUCGAAUGUAGAAGAAAAAGAAGAAACUCACGGAACGUCUGCUCAGACUCUUCUGACUCAAAGGCCGAGUCUCAUUUACAAGCUUCAAGACUGCAUUGAUGGUGCUCUGAAAGCUCUGGUUCAAUCAGGCCACUUUACCUCAGCAGAUUUUGAUCCAGUGCAGCUGCCCAUAUACACACCCACACAGCAGGCAAGGCGUCUGCUUGACCUUGUCAGAUCUAAGGGUGAGUCAGCAGCAGCGGCUGUCCUGCAGUACAUUCACCAAAAACAGGAAGCUGGAUCCUCACUGAACGAGGAGAAACUGACUCCCCCCAAAGAGGUCUUGAAGUACCAGAAGAAACUGAGCAGUUCUGUAUGUGCCCAGUCCUGCUUUCUCAGUACUUAUGGAGGGACGAGCCACAUGUCUCUAGAUGACAUCUAUACUGAAGGCCAGCUGGAACUAGCUCACGAAUGUGUUGACGUCCAGGGACCUUUGGGCCUGGAGGACAUAGUUGGGACGGUGGGUACAGUGAACGAGGAGGCCGACACAGUGCUCGUAUGUGGGGAGGCGGGCAGUGGGAAGAGCACCUUACUCCAGAGGCUGCACUUACUUUGGGCUCGGGGUGCAGCUCUUCAGUACUAUCUGCUUCUUUUUCCAUUCAGCUGCCGCAGGCUGAACUCAGAGCAGAGGGAACUGUCUGUCCAAGAGCUGCUGUUUCAACACUGCUGCUGGCCGGACAGGGAGCAGGAAGAGAUUUUCCAGUUCAUCCUGGACCACCCACAUCUUAUCCUCUUCACUUUUGAUGGCCUGGAUGAGCUCAAGCAGAGUUUUUCAGAUGAACACAGACUCUGCUGCCCCACACAGCGUGCACCUGUUCAUAUCCUAUUGUUCAAUUUAAUCCAAGGUUCACUACUGAAGGGGGUGCGGAAAGUGGUCACUAGUCGUCCAGAGGCAGUGGGCCCUGUGUUAAAGAAGCACCUCUGCAAGGAGGUCCUCCUGAAGGGCUUUUCUCCAAAUGGGAUUGACUGUUUUGUGAGAAAGCAUCACAGUGACCCCACUGUGGCUGUUAAGGUUUUAGAGUCCCUACAAGCAAACACAGCUUUACUUGGACUCUGCCAUAGUCCAGUCCUCUGCUGGAUUGUGUCACAGUGCCACAAGGAGCUGCUAGGCUGUGGGGAAGGCAGCCCCCAAACAAUCACAGAUGUUUACCUGAUGAUCUUACAGCACUUUUUCCAACGCCAAAGCCCCCCGAAGAGCACUGUGAGGUUAGGCUGGCAGCAGGGGCACCUGGAAACAAUCUUGCAUUUAGGGCAGCUCGCCUUUGAAGGAAUAUCCACCACUUGUUAUAUCUUCUCAGGUGCAGACUUGGAGAAAUGUGAUGUAACUGAAAAGGAUAUCUGCAUGGGCUUUCUCACACAAAGUAAAGACAUGUCCUCCUCCCACAGUAAAUGUUAUGAAUUCCUCCAUGUAACAAUGCAAUGUUUCUUUGCUGCUCUCUACAUUGUUUUGUCCAGUCACACAGACCGUUAUGCGAUCCCAAAGCUCUUCGAGCUACAGGAGUUGAGAGACACAGGUGUGAGCAGCAUGUGCUUCAGAUCCUGUUUGCCUUCCACUGACCAAGAAGAGCAGAUUGUAGAUAGUGAACAUGCAGUAGCAGAAACACCAAAUCUGCAAAUCACAGCCACCUUUGUGAGUGGACUACUGUCCCAGCGCCACCAAAGCUUGUGGCUCCACUGCUGCUCCACUGCUAUGGUGGAGAAAAAGGCUCGACAAGUGGCGAGAUGCCUUUCCAAAGGCAUGCAGAAACAUUUUAAAUCCAUCCCCCAACCAGUGCAGGGGGAGAAGAAGAGCAUGCAUGCAAUGCCCGGCUUUGUCUGGCUUAUCAAGUGCAUCUAUGAAAUGCAGGAGAGCAGGAUUGCAAAAGAAGCGAUGAGUAAGCUGCAGGUGGACCACCUAAAGCUGACCUACUGUAACAUUGGUCCUGUAGAGUGCACUGCACUUGCCUACGUGCUCCAACAUUUAAGAAACGCCGUGGGCAUCCAGCUGGACAACAACUCUGUUGGCGAUGUUGGAGUGGAGCAGCUUCUUCCAUGCAUGCACAUAUGUAAAUCCCUGUACCUCAGAAAUAACAACAUUACAGAUGAGGGAAUUCACAAACUGAUUGCCAAAGUAAUCCAGUGUGACAACUUUCAGAAAAUUGCGCUCUUCAACAAUAAGCUAACUGAUGCUUGUACGCAGCACUUUUCUCACCUUCUGAAGACCAGGCAGGAUUUCCUUUCUUUAAGACUAGGCAACAAUAAUAUAACAGAGGAAGGUGCAAAGCAGCUGGCAGAGGGGCUGAAAUCCAAUCAUUCACUGAAGCAUUUAGGGCUUUGGGGCAAUAAGAUAGGUGAUGUAGGAGCCGAGGCCCUUGCCAGUGCUCUAGAGAACAGCGACACUCUGCUUUGGUUGAGCCUGGUAGGCAACGGCGUCGGGAGUGAAGGAGCUUAUGCCCUCGCUAACAUCAUCAGGAACAGCACAUCGCUAGAGGAACUUUGGCUGACAGAGAACUGCAUAACCAGAGCAGGGGUGGAAUGUCUGAUUGAAGCCCUGGAACACAACACUCAUAUGAAGUCAGUGUGGUUGAGAAACAAUGACCUCAGUUUGGAGGAGGUAAAAGAAAUGGCACAACGUGAAUCAAGACUGACCUUCUGAUCUGAAGAGGCUGGCCAAGGAAUGUGUAGUGCAAUAGAUUGGUUUCUAUUUAUUAUAGUAAAUGUGCUCUAUUAAAAUGUGACCUGUAAAAUGU